CGCCUUGGUCGUGGUCCCGGAGCCCCGGCGGCCACCAUGUCCCAUCAGCGCCUUCGCCGGGAUGACUACCAAGACUACAGCUCGACAGAUGCCAGCCCCAUGGAGACCCCGUCGGAAGAGCUGCAUGGCGCCGCCUCGCUCGGCUCCUACCAGCGCCUCGGAGAGAGCCAGGGCACUACAUGGUUCCAGACGCUGGUCCACCUGCUGAAGGGGAACAUCGGUACGGGCCUCCUGGGGCUGCCAUUGGCCGUGAAGAACGCCGGCCUGCUGAUGGGCCCCCUCAGCCUGCUGGUGAUGGGCAUGGUGGCCGUGCACUGCAUGGGGCUCCUGGUCAAGUGUGCCCACCACUUAUGUGGCAGGCUUAACAAGCCCUUCGUGGACUAUGGAGAUGCGGUCAUGUAUGGCUUGGAAUCCUGCUCCAGCCCCUGGCUUCAGAACUACGCCCGCUGGGGCAGGUACAUGGUGGAUUUCUUCCUCAUUGUCACCCAGCUCGGCUUCUGCUCUGCCUACUUUGUCUUCUUGGCUGACAAUGUUAGGCAGGUGGUAGGGGUGGCCAACGCCACCAGCAGCGACUGCCAUACCAAUGCCACACUAGUGCUGCCCCAGUCCACCAUGGACGUGCGUCUCUACAUGCUGCUCCUGCUGCCCUUCCUGGUGCUGCUGGUCUUCGUGCGGAGCCUGCACGUGCUGGCCGUGCUGUCCACGGUGGCCAACGUCAGCAUGCUCGUCAGCCUGGUGCUCAUCUUCCAGCUGCUGGUACAGAGGAUCCCGGACCCCCACGCCCUGCCCCUCAUGGCCUCGUGGCGGACAUAUCCCCUCUUCUUUGGCCAAGCCAUCUUCGCCUUCGAAGGCAUCGGGGUGGUGCUGCCCCUGGAGAACAAGAUGAAGGAGCCGUGGCGGUUCCCGCUGCUGCUGUACGUGGGCAUGAGCCUCGUCACCGCUCUCUACAUCAGCCUCGGCUGCCUGGGCUACCUGCAGUUCGGGCCAGAUGUGGGGACCAGCAUCACACUCAACCUGCCCACCUGUUGGCUCUACCAGGCAGUCAAGCUGCUCUACUGCCUGGGCAUCUUCUUCACCUUCGCGCUGCAGUUCUACGUCCCGGCCCAGAUCAUCAUCCCCUUCUUCGUGGCCCGCGUGCCCGAGGGCUGUGAGCUGACCGUGGACCUGCUGGUGCGCUCGGCGCUCGUGUGCCUCACCUGCGUCCUGGCCAUCCUCAUCCCCCGCCUGGACCUGGUGUUGGCCCUGGUGGGCUCCGUGAGCAGCAGCGCCCUGGCGCUCAUCAUCCCGCCGCUGCUGGAGAUUGCCACCUUCUCCUCGGAGGGUCUGAGCCCCCUCACCAUUGCCAAGGACGCCCUCAUCAGCCUCCUGGGCUUCCUGGGCUUCGUGGCGGGCACCUACCAGGCACUGAACGAGCUCUUGUUCCCUGGUCAUGACUCCCUCCUUGCGCACCCCCUCCGUGCCUCUGCAUAGCUGGGAGCGGAAGGCAGAGGCCAUGAUGGGCUAUUCGUAGCGGCUCCAUCGUGCUCUCACUUCCCGGGGCCUUUCCUGCCAGCCCUCGUGCUGGGGUGCUGAGGGGGGGCCCACUCUUGGACUUCCGAGGCCAGGCUGGUGGGGGGGGGGCAUGGCGCCGGCCGCCAACCCUUCCGGGCUCAAGACUGUGCUGCUGGCAGCCCAUCGCAUUCCUGAAGAAUGGGACUUGGCUUUCAGA